UAGAAGACGAGAGAGAAUAAGAGCGAGAUGGAUAGGACGAAGGGAGAAGUUCGAAACAUGCCGGGCUACGGAGACUCCACGUCCGAAGUAUCUUGGCUUUCCACCUCUUUCUCUCUAUUCCUCUUGGAGAUUUGGUAAAAAAGAUACGCUAUUCUCACCUGGAAUUCGUUCAUAUAUUUGUGUUUCUAGGACCAAUGUUGGAUUAAAGCGAUUUGUUGCUGGAAAGCUUGACUUUCUUUUUGUAUUUUCUUUUAGUAUAUUGUGAAUUUGGUCGUCUUGAGAGUUUGGGAUUCGUGUUGGUUUUGAUACGGUUUUGAUGCAUGGCAGGGUUUCCUACUUUGUUUAAUAGGAGCAGUCAGUUUCUUGGACGGAAAUAUCAGAGCAAUUCUCCAGAAUAUGAAAGAGAUUCUUCGAAAAGCAGAGACAGGGAGAGAGAUAUGGAGAGGGAGAAGGGUAGAAGACAAGAACGGGACAGGGAACCUGAUGAGGAAAGGGAGAGGGAUGGGGAACGAGGCAGCGACAGAGAUUAUCGUCACAGGGACCACAGGGAAAGAAGUGAAAGGAGAAAGCACAGCUGCAGGAAAUCUGAUGAUCAUGACCAUCACCAUAUCCAAGAUCAUGAAAGGUAUAGGGAUUAUGAUAGAGACAGAGAUGAGUAUCAUAGCCAUAGGUCUCAAUCAUGGUCAGCGGGUACAUCUCAUUAUAGAUCAUGGUCAAGGGGUAGAUUUGAUCAUAGAUCAAGGUCUCGUUCCCGCCCAAGAUCAAAGAGUAAACGUAUUAGCGGUUUUGACAUGCCACCUGCGACUACUGCGAUACCUGGUGCAGUUGUUGCAGGUCAGAUGACUGGGGCCACAAAUGCCAGUACCGGGACGUUUCCAGCAACACCUGGACAGUUGUCAGCUCUCUCUUUGAUGCCUUGUCAGGCAAUGACACAGCAGGCAACUCGACAUGCUCGGCGUGUUUAUGUUGGAGGCCUUUCUGCUACUGCUAAUGAGCAGUCAGUUGCUGCCUUUUUUAAACAAGUUAUGGCUGCCAUCGGAGGAAACAGUGCAGGGCCAGGUGAUGCUGUUGUUAAUGUGUAUAUAAAUCAUGAGAAGAUGUUUGCUUUUGUUGACAUGAGGUCGGUAGAAGAGGCAAGCAAUGCGAUGGCCUUGAAUGGCAUCAUAUUUGAGGGGGCACCUUUGAGAGUGAGAAGGCCAACUGAUUACAACCCUUAUCUUGCUGCCACACUUGGCCCAGGCCAACCCAACCCCAAUCUUAAUCUCGCUGCAGUUGGGCUUACACCACCUGGUUCUGCUGGUGUGCUUGAUGGUCCUCAUUGUAUUCUUGUGGGUGGGGUUCCACAAAUUCUUGCAGAAGGAAAGUUACGAGAGUUGCUCGAGAUAUUUGGUCCUCUUCGACGUUUUAAUCUCGUUGAGGGCAGGGAAACUGGUAACUCAAAAGGCUAUGCCUUCUGUGUUUACCAGGACCUCUCGGUCACAGACACUGCAUGUGCCGCGCUUGAUGGCAUCAAAAUGGGAGAUAAAACCCUCAUUGUUAGACGUGCAAACCAAGGUUUAGCGCAGGCUAGGCCACAGCAAGAAGACGUGUUACUACAGGCACAGCAGCAGGUGGCAUUGCAGAAGCUUGUGGACCAAAUGGUGCCAGUUCCAACCAAAGUAGUAUGCUUCACACAGGUUGUUAGUGCAGACGAACUUGAAAAUGAUGAAGAAUAUGAAGAUAUUGUGGAAGAUAUGAGAAGUGAAGGAGAGAAAUACGGUGAACUGUUAAACGUCAUCAUCCCUCGACCAGGUCCUAAUGGAGAACCAUCUCCUGGAGUUGGAAAGGUAUUCUUGGAAUAUGCAGACACAGAAGGGUCUACAAAAGCGAGGCAGGGCAUGCAUGGAAGGAAAUUCGGGGGGAAAGAAGUUGUUGCUAUCUUUUAUCCAGAGAGCAAGUUCACUCAAGGAGAAUAUGAUGGCUGAUUGCUCGUCUCUCUUUUCUGCAUAUUUUUAUUUUCUUAGCUUUUGGCACCCCAUACUGUGACGAGAACUCGCAUGACACAGAAGCAUGUCAGAGUGUUAGAUUGUUCCAGAUGUCAAGGGUUCAUUGGAGUAAUGCAUUGUUAUUGAUCCUUCACGGUGUCCGGUCCUAUCCUUGCAAUUUGGAUUUAAACUUGCG